AACAGUGAAGGAGGGUGUCAGCAGCAGACGUCGGAUUGAGCAUGGAGUGGGGGGGCAGUGCAUUGGGAGGAGAACAGCAACGGAGGUCGGAGAAGAAGUGCUGAAGCGCAGCGAGAGAGUGGAACACAAGUGCAAUACAUUACACCAACCACUGACAUUACACCACUGAAUGAAGUUCCUAUCGCGGCCAGACAGACUUCUCUUUUCUGACUUACUGCUGCCAGGCUAGAGCUAUGCCUCCUGGAUCCCUUCUCUAUCUCUCCUGGCUCGUCGCGCUCAAUUUUGCAUCUACCUCUACAGAAAGCCAAGACAUCUCCUGCCCCCUCGGAUAUUUUCCCUGUGGCAAUAUCACAAAGUGUCUUCCUCAGUUUAUGCACUGUAAUGGAGUGGACGAAUGUGGGAACCAGGCAGAUGAAGACAACUGUGGAGACAACAAUGGGUGGUCCCAACAGCUUGAUAAACUUUUUGAAAAGCACUACGAGAAAAUCGGCAUAAACACCUUUGACUUGGAGAUGAAGCCGUCUGAAUGCACACUCGGGCCGGUGCCAGCGCAGUGUUUGUGCCGAGGCUUAGAACUUGACUGUGAUGGAGCCAAAUUACGCACUGUCCCUUCUGUCUCUCCAAAUGUAACCAUCAUGUCUUUGCAGAAUAACAUGCUAAGAAAACUUGGGCCUGAUGAAUUCCGUAUGUUUCCAGAUCUACGAAAACUGUAUCUGCAGCAUAAUAACAUAAGGACAGUAUCUGUGCACGCUUUUAAGGGACUGUACAACCUGACAAAGCUGUAUCUGAGUCACAAUGAAAUAACCACUCUUAAACCAGGAGUGUUUGAAGAUCUGCACAGACUGGAAUGGCUGAUAAUUGAAAAUAACAAAAUUACCCGUAUCUAUCCCCAAACAUUUCAAGGACUGAACUCUCUCAUUCUUCUAGUCAUGAUGAACAAUUUCCUUGAACGGCUGCCUGACAAAUCUCUUUGCCAGUAUAUGCCUAAAUUAAAUUGGUUAGACUUUGAAGGCAAUAAUGUCCAGAGCUUAACAAACACAACUUUUAUUUCAUGUUCUACCUUAACUGUUCUGGUCAUGCGAAGGAACAGAAUCAGCACAAUAAGUGAGAACACAUUUUCAGCUCUCUACAGACUGGAUGAGCUGGAUUUAGCAAAUAAUAGAAUUGAAUCUUUCUCUCCGUCUUUAAUGAAGGGUGUCAAAGAAUUAUCACAGCUAAAUAUUUCCCACAAUCCCAUCCAGAAGAUUCAAGCAGACCAGUUUGAUUAUGUAUUUAAGCUGAAAUCCCUAAGCCUGGAAGGAAUUGAGAUUCCAAACAUUCAAAGAAGGAUGUUUAUGCCACUCAAAAAUCUAACUCAUAUAUAUUUUAAAAAGUUCCAGUACUGCGGCUUUGCUCCACAUGUGAGAAACUGCAAGCCAAACACAGAUGGGAUCUCAUCUCUGGAAAAUCUGCUAGCGAGCAUAGUUCAGCGUGUCUUUGUGUGGGUUGUUUCUGUAAUAACCUGCUUUGGAAAUAUCUUUGUCAUCUGCACAAGACCUUAUAUUAGGUCAGAAAAUAAACUCCAUGCAAUGUCCAUCAUGUCUCUCUGUUGUGCUGACUGUUUGAUGGGAGUAUAUUUAUUUGUCAUUGGUUACUAUGACCUUAAAUACCGAGGUGAAUACAAUGAAAAUGCCCAAGCAUGGAUGGACAGCACUCAGUGUCGGCUGGUUGGAUCAUUAGCUAUUUUGUCUACAGAAGUAUCAGUUUUGCUCCUUACAUAUUUAACUUUGGAAAAAUAUAUUUGCAUAGUAUACCCCUUUAGAUGUCUGAAGCCUGGAAGAUUCCGAACAAUUACAACGUUGAUACUUAUUUGGAUUAUUGGCUUUGUAAUAGCCUUUGUACCCCUUAGUAAUGACACAUUUUUUCAGAAUUACUAUGGUACUAAUGGAGUCUGCUUCCCAUUACACUCAGAGCAACCAGAAAGUACAGCGGCUCAGAUAUAUUCCGUCAUUAUUUUUUUAGGUGUAAAUCUGGCUGCUUUUAUCAUAAUUGUAUUUUCCUACAGCAGCAUGUUCUAUAGCAUUCACCGGACAGCCAUUAUGGCAACAGAAAUACACAAUCAUAUCAAAAAAGAAAUGACUUUAGCAAAGCGAUUCUUCUUUAUCGUCUUCACAGAUGCACUGUGUUGGAUACCUAUUUUCAUACUCAAACUGCUAUCUUUGCUUCAAGUGGAAAUUCCAGGAUCCAUCAGUUCUUGGGUAGUGAUUUUCAUACUGCCAAUCAACAGCGCUCUCAAUCCAAUCCUGUAUACUAUAACAACUCGGCCAUUUAAAGAGAUGAUUUCCCAAAUCUGGAGCAACUACAAGCAAAGACGGUCCAUGGGAAACAGAAACAGCCAGAAGGCAUGUACACCCUCGUUUUUUUGGGUGGAAAUGUGGCCACUGCAAGAUAUUUCACCGGAAAUAAUGAAGCCAGGACUUUAUACAGACUCUGAAAUGUCAGUAACAACUCACUCAACAAGACUAAGCUAUACAUAAAUAAAUAUAGGAAAUCUGCUGCACUGUCAAGUAAUGACACAGUUGUCGAAACUGUGGACUAGAACUGGAGUGCAAGGUUUUUUUAAAAAGUUUACUUUUUUUUUUAGAUUUUUGUACAAAGGAUUUAUAUAUAUAUAUUUCAGCUGCCCCUACACUGAACUUUCAGUCGCUGUGUUUGGGUUUAAUCUAACCUACAAAACACACUGUUAACAGAGCAUUUUAUAAUAUUGCACCUCAACUUCUGAAGACUGAAUAUUGAUAUGGCAAUUAAGCUUGCUUGAUGAAAGUGGAAGGAUCAAUUCAAACUUGAAAAAUUAGGCUCCAAAUUUACUAAGAGUAUCUGUUUUCUCUACUUAAAGCACAGGUGUCUACUAAUGUAGAGAUUGCUUUAAUGAAGUUAUUGCAUCAGGAUCCACCACCUUAAAGGAAUAGUUCAGUGUGAAAAUAAAA